AUGUGGCGUGACCGCAUUUCAGGCCAGUCUACGCCCAACAACCGCAACCUCUCUCCUUUACCGCGACGAUCCUCCUCACAGCUUGUUCCAGGCCCCUAUAGCCGGCCGGGCAUUACCUCCAAGACAUCCUCUACCUCCCUCCUCGUGACCCCGAGUGACUCCACUACUUCCCUCCAAGGGACUGCACGCACAGCCAAUGGGUUUCCAUUGAAGCAGACAAGCAUUCAGCGACCGCGACCUGCCAAUGUUCCCGAUCCGCUGGAAGUGUUGAAUAGCAUCAUUGGAAAGGAAAACCAACCGGAAACGAAUGGAUCACAGACAUUGGAGCUAGAGAAGCCUGCACAGCUAGUGGAAAUUAUUCAAUUCGACGGACUCAGCCUUGAAGACUUUCUGACAAAGGAAGACCCCCCCAGAAAUCAGUCUCGGGAUAGCGAUGUCAAUGCACAAACUGUUCAGCAAUUUGAGCAAGAGCGAGACAAGUUCUCUGAAUUACAUACUUCGAUCACUGGUUGCGACGAGGUUUCCAAGUCAGUCGAGCUCUAUCUGAAUGACUUCCAAACCGAGCUGGGUGCGGUAUCCGCAGAGAUCGAGACGUUGCAAUCCCGGUCAACACAGCUUAAUGCAAUGCUGGAGAACAGGCGAAAUGUGGAACGGCUUCUAGGUCCUGCAGUGGAAGAGAUCAGCAUUUCUCCUAAAGCCGUGCGGACAAUCGCCGAGGGCCCGAUUGAUGAGAAUUGGGUGCGCGCUCUGAACGAGAUUGAUACCCGAACAACGAACAUUGAAGCCAAGGCAGCUUCCGCCAAUGGCUUCAAGGCAAUUGAAGAUGUGCGGCCACUAUUGACCGAUGUCAAAAACAAGCAUAUCCGAGCAAUGCGAUCUCCUAAUAUCAACUCUCAAAUCAUUCAACAACAACGAUUGGUCAAGUUCAAAGACCUCUACAGUUAUCUCUCAAAGGCCCACCCGAAGCUGGCAGGAGAAAUCUCACAGGCGUAUAUCAAUACGAUGCGCUGGUACUACACAUCCCAUUUCACACGCUACCUCCAAGCGCUCGAAAAGGUCAAGGUGUAUCCUCCUGAUCGCAAUGAGGUGCUCGGAGGAGAUCCUUCUUCACAUAGAACAGGAAACAUUCUACCUGGUGGCCGAGCUGGCUCUGCCGCACAUGAUCCUUUCUCUCUAGGGAGACGGGUUGACAUCCUUCGAACUGGCAAUCUACAAGCUCUAACCUCAUAUCUAGCCGAAGAAGACAACUCCUACCAUGGCAUCGAAGUGCCUUUCCGAAACUUCAACCUGGCCUUGGUAGACAACGUGUGUGCCGAAUAUUCUUUCCUGACGGAGUUCUUCUCUGCCAAAAGCUUUCAUGAAAUCUCUCGCAAUGCGGUGGAGAUCUUCCAGCAGGUCUUUACUCUGGGCCAGAGCCUCACCAAGAGGCUGAUUGAACAGACCACUGAUUCUCUGGGUGUCUUAAUGUGUGUUCGUCUGAACCAGCAUUCCGCAUUCGAGCUCCAGCGCCGCAAAGUACCAGUCGCCGACUCAUAUGUGAAUGGAAUCAACAUGCAGCUCUGGCCACGCUUCCAGGUGAUUAUGGACCACCACGGCGAAUCACUCAAACGUGUUGCGUCCAACACAGGACGCAGUGCUGUUUCUGCUCUUUCAAUUGCAGGCGGAGAUGACCUCAAGCAAUCCUCGGCACCGCACUUCUUAGCCCAACGAUUCGGCCAGCUUCUCCAUGGGAUCCUUGUCCUUAGCAGCGAUGCCGGAGAUGAUGAGCCUGUCUCCAAUAGUCUUGCUCGCUUGACUGCUGAGUUUGACACACUCUUGGCGAAACUCAGUCGCAACGGCACAGACGCCAAGACACGAGAGCGCUUCCUCUUCAACAAUUAUUCAUUGAUUUUAACCAUCAUAAGUGAUACCCAAGGCAAAUUAGCAACUGAACAGAAGCAGCAUUUGGACGAGAUGCUUAAGAACAACAGCAAGCGGUAG